AUGACAGACGCAACCACCGCAACCUACACCCCCCUCCCAACCCCAACCUCAAUCCGCAUCCUCGUCCUCGCCCCCGCCCUUCCCUCCUCCCCCGAAAUCAACUGCUACCUCCUCCCCUCCGACCUAAACUCCGACCACAACCUCUUCCCAGAAACCAGCCCCCGCCCUAUCAAAUCCCUCUCAGUCAUGUACACAAGCCCCCCCCUCCCCGGGAAACCCAACGAGUUCAUCGUCUGGACCGACACCACCCCAACUCAACCCAGAAAAAUGCACCCCUUCCAGCGGUACUCCGCCCUCUCCUACGUCUGGGGUGACCCGUCAGAUCCAGUCUACAUAAAUCUAGACGGGCGACAAGUCCCGGUCACGAGGAACUUAUACGCUGCUUUGAGGGCGGUGAGGAAGUUGCAUGCGGGGAAAAGGUUGUGGGUUGACGCGUUGUGUAUUGACCAAAGUGAUUGCGAGGAGAAGAGGGUGCAGAUUGGGUUGAUGAGGAGGGUUUAUGAGCAGGCGAAGAGGGUGGUUGCGUUUGUGCCGCUAGAAAAGGGGGAUGGGGGGAGGGUGGUGGAGUUGGUGGGAAGGGUUUGCAGGGCGGAGAGGUUGUUGAGGGCGGAGAUGGAGGGGGAGGAUAGUCAGGAUGAUGAGGAUGAUGAGGAUGGCGAGGAUGGCGAGGAUGGCGAGGAUGGCGAGGACCAUACUUUUAAGGUCGUUCCCCAAACAGACGACCUGGAACUGCAACUCCAACAACUCGGCCUUGCCGACCCAGGCCCUACCAAGUUCCUUGAAAGAUACGGACUGCCGACCGUCGAUAGCCCUCUCUGGGUGUCAUGGCGCCGGUUUUUUGCAUCUCCGUACUUUCAGAGGAUUUGGAUUCUGCAAGAGUUCCUCUCCGCCAAGAAGGUCAGGUUCCAUUUUGGGGAUGCGCGUUUGGAUGCAAGUGCUGUUAUCGUUGCAUGCUACGCUAUCAGGGAGUAUAGCGAAGUUGACAACCGCGCAUACAUGCAGCGUCAAGGGGAGGAAUUGGCUGACAGUGAUCAGCCCCACAGAGGGCUGAAGCGGGCCUGGCUGAUGUUUGAGAAGAGGGUGAUAUGGAAGAAGUGCCCGGCUACUUUGGCCGAGCUCAUCGUUCUGGCCGGCCAAUUCUUCAUGGCGACAGAUCUCCGCGAUAAGGUGUAUGCGUUGAUCGGAUUGGCAAAAGAUGGGCAAGAGUAUAUGGGACAUGUUAGCUACGAGCCGAGUGAGACCCAUAUCAAGGUCUUCACGAGGUUUGCCCGCUUGUUGAUUGAGAAAGGGUACGCUGAAGAACUGCUUCGCUGCUCUGGGAUAUCUGGUUCUGCGGACCGGGAUCCUGAAUUGCCCACAUGGGUUCCGGUGAGAGACAUCAUAUAUAUCUUGCAUAUUGUGCUUUGCUGGGUUGAAGCUGACCACAAUCCAACAGAACUGGGCCGACACAUCGCCUUCAGUUAA